UUCCAUGCAGUUGUUGUCAGUCGCGAAGUCGGUGAAGAUCGCAUAUAGUCUCUGGGCAGGCGCAAAAACGAAGGCAAGGUUUUCUGUUUGCCAAUAAUUUAUUUUCGUUCCGUCGUCGGGUGUGGUGCGUGCGGCCGCGGUGGUUGCAAAUUUUGCGUUUUCGGUCCAGCUUUUAUUUUGGGCACAUUUUGAGUUAAACUUUUCACAAAACGUUAAAAUUAAAGUCGCAAUUGCGAGAAACUCGAAAGGGGCAGGUGUUGGCGGGAUCAUGUGCAAAGCUGAUGGUCACCGUGAUACGGAACAAAUUUGUGUCCGCCGGAGUAAAUAGAGGAAAAAGUGUGCGCUCAUCUCAACACGUCCAGUAAUUACAACACCAACAGCAACGCCUGUAUCGGCGUCAAUAGGCAGACAAACGCGCAGAGGUAGAGUCCCCAAAUCCCAAAAUGGAGGAGAAUGUCAUCAGCAUGUUUAUGGACGUAAAGCUGGACAUCCGAGAGCGGAAGCUGGAGUUCUCUCACCUCAAGUCCUGGACGCGAUACUUUGUGCGCGUGGAGGCGGUCAAGUGCUUUCCGUGCUACAUGAAAAUCUCCUUCUUCAAGUCCGCCACGGAGGAAACCACCGACCUGAUCGUGCGCAUCAACAUCCCGGGACUGACGGUGCAGAUGGCCACCUCCCGAACCCGGGCCCACUCGUACGGACUGUUUUGGAAGCACAACCGGAAGCGGUGCUGCGCGUACUUUGCGCUCGCGUCCCAGCUACUCUGCGAACGGCACCUGCGCUGGAUGAAGAAGUCGAUCCGGAAUCUGGAGCUGUACCGGCAGGAAAUUCUGCAGCUGCGACGUGCCAGCCGGACACCGAUGCACGAAAUCCGCCAGGAGAUGCACCCGGGGGAUAACGACGAGCUUUUGGUGUACCAGAAUCUGGAACUGACGCAGGACAUGACGACGGCGACGGAUGCGCUGCCAGACAAGUUGGGACCGUUGCCGAAUGUGCCGCCUGCGGCGACGGAGCAGGAGGUCUUUUUGCGCCGAAUUAGCGGGGUGUCUGGAAUUUACGAGGAGAUAUUCGAUCCGGCCCGAGCGUCCGGAGUGUUUCGACCGAGAGCGUCCGUCGUGUCGGGGAUCUACGAGGAGAUGAAACUAACCGAUAUUAGGGAGCAGCAUGAGAGAAGUGCAGACGAGCUGGCGGUGGAUGGGGAGGACGAGGCACCGCCGCUGCCGCCCCGGCCACGAUCUCACACCAAUGAGUUCGAGCUGCAGCGAUCGUUCACGUCGCCCGAGUCGGACUACCUGAAGAAGAAGAAGCACUGGCAGCUGUUUGAGACGAUGUUUGGGCGACGGCGCACCAACAGCGGAUCGUCCGGUACGGGGGUGAAGACGCCGAAAGUGUCGGCGACGGAGGUCAAGAAGCCAGACCAGAAGGUUGUGUACCGGGACAAGGUGGCGCGGUUGCGGUUUUCGGAAAACAAGAGAAACAGUUUUUCCAGUCCGGAUUUGAGUGCGUUGAAGGUGGAUGAUGGUGGAAGUGCGGCGACGUGCGGGGACAAUCUGUCCGACGAGGGUUCGUGCAGUUCGGAGUUUUACGUGCAGCGUGACGUGGAGGACUACAUCGAGGAGGACUGCUAUUUGUCGACGGAGUUGCUACCCGGUUCGAGAUGUCCGUCGAUCGAGGAAUCUCUGGCGAAUCUGUUGAUCAACGGAGAGGACGGAGGUGACGAUAGCAGGUUCGGCGGAGGAAUGCUGAAUGUUUCUGAGAAGGUUGUUCCCAAUUUGAACGGAUCCUGCAAUUCCUCGACGGUCAAUCUGGUAGGGUUCAGCUGUUCGAUGGCGGAACCGGUUCCGGUUGAGACGACUGAGGGUUACUGCGAAAUGGGCGCACCUGGGACGGGAUUCAACCGGCUCAAACUGCAGGAAGUCGAGUUGAGAAAGCCGCUGGAAAUCGUGGAAUCAAUCUACAUGGACAUGGAUGGUAAACCUGGUGCUAGCGAGGAAGCUAGUCGAUCCAGUUCUACGAGCAGCGGUGUCAGCAGCAUGUACAGCAACACCAGCAGCGUGUGCAGUUCCGGCAAGCAGCGCAACUCGAUAGACGACAAAAUUCCCUCGUAUUACCCGAACGAAGACUUCCGAACGCCCAAGAAGGUUGAAAGCCACGUCCCGCGUAAAAGCCCAAAACCCAAGGAGAGCCCUAGCAACAGCAUCAAAAGAUCAUCGUCUCAACGCAAGCAUCACGUCCCGCCGGGUAUCUCCACGAUGCCGCGUGCCUGCAAAUCUGCCCAAAAACCCUCCUCGAGCCGGUCUAAACUGAGCGCCCGUAGCGCGAGUUCCGAACGGUGCGCCGCCCCAACCCCCCAACAACUCGACACGUCCCCCACGAAAAACAUUGAAAACAGCCCACCGGAAAAGCUGCUGGUGUUCCACCACCAAAAGUACGCCACAAUCGCGCGCAGCAACUCGCCAUCAUCUUCGAGCAGCAAGUACGCGGAGAAAAAUUCCUCCUCCAAAAAAGCUGCCCCCGAGGCUGCCUCAAUCUUUGGGACGAGUCGACGCUUUGGAUCGCUGCCACGGUUCGCCAAGUUUGACCUGUCUCCGCUGCGGCUCAAAAUCAACAGCGUGCUGCAGCGGCACAACUCGGAGAACUUGUGAGGGCCCAAACCACACGCGCUGCAAUAUCUCUUCGACACUAGAAUUAAUCAAAACACUGUUGCUCAAUUCUUAAGCUUAGCUAGAAGGUAUUAUUGAAAAUCUCUAUUUUCGGCUUCCAAAUUUAGCGAUUAAGAAAUGUCUUUUUUCGGUUGACAAAGAGCUGAUUGUUGAAAUCAUGUUUAAAAAAAUUGCCAUUAUUUGUUACGUUCUAAAAGAAAAAUUCGUCGUUUUUGCUUAGCUCAGCUUGUUGCCUUUCCAAAAAUGCUUUCGAUCUAUGAAUCACUAUACGCGUGCACUCUGUGCUAUCCGAUUAGUUAGUCCGUAAUUUUGUUAUUGCUUUAGAUGUGACGCACGAGUGUGAUUAUCCUGUUUAGGGAAGAGUAAUGAAACGCACAACUUAUUCAGAAGAAAAACACACGCACACAAGGUACAACACUUUUCGCUAUCCAACGAAACGGAACCAUCCUGAACUAAAAACAAAUCUCGGCUGGAAUCUCAAUUACUUAAGCCUUUGCAUGAAACAUAGAUUGUAGAAAACGUAUCGCAUAGAACGCACUCGAAAAUAUAUCAAGGUUCUCGAACAUUUUAAAAGUUAGUAAAAGAUUAUCUAGAAACAUCAUCACCGAAACGGUUGUAGGACAACUCGCCGAAUGUCGUUUCGCUGAAGUGCAAGAAAUUUGCUUAAUGAUAGUAAAGAAUCGAAUUUCCAAAAGGUUGUGGAUGACAAAAAACCUAAACCUGAUAAUUACAAACGAUCGUUAGAUUGCCAUCAAUUUCAGAAGAUCGAAGAAACCAAUUCGCUCAUCGCUGAUGAAAAAUUAGCAAUUUAAUCAAUCGCUUAAAACUAAGUACGGAGUUCGGAAGGAACGCGGUCAUGCUUUUCGUGAAUAAUCGAGUACUUACGGUACCGUCAUCUGGGGUGAAUCGGGACUACAGUCUGAAUAGGGACAGCAGUGUUUAGAGCACUUAAAGGUUUUAAAUUUGGAAAUGGAUGCACACAUUUUGUUGGUCUGAGUCUGUUCUAUCCGAAACCAACCAGAAAAAUCAAAAUAUUGUGCUCUAACAUGGUUAAAACUGCUGUCCCAAUUCGCCCCAUGUGUCCCAAUUCACCCCAGUUGACGGUAUUUAAAGUUUUAUGACUUCAAUUUAUAUUAACAAACUUGAAUUUAACUUUUCAAUUUUUUGAUUUUUCAAAUGCUGAAUUUUAUUUUUUUGCAUUUUUGGUGUUUUUUUAAUUUUUUUUAUUCUUUAUUUCCUUUUUUGUGUUGCAAAAUUGUUUAAUGUUUGAAUUCCUGAUUUUUCUCGAGACAGUUUUUGUCGAAAAGUGCGAAACGAUUCGUCAAAUAUUAAGAAUAUUUUAGAAUCUAUAAAACCGCCACUGAAAACUUUAACUUUUCCUUAAAGCUCUUCUAGCAACCAUCAGCUUGCUUGGUUGCAUGAGCGUCGCGACGCCUGUCUCAAUAUUUUCAGCAGUGGCAGCAAGUGCUGCCAGAAGAAAGUGAAGGUUGAAGAUUUCAGCGCUGGUGUUAUAAUUUGUGUAACACUUUUAAUAGUUGACGAAUCUUUCGCACUCUUCGGCAAAGUUGUUCUGUGGAGUGAGCUUAAGCGGUUUUUGAAGAAAUAAAAAAUCAACAAGGGGCUCAAAACUGCCAAAAAUCAAGACGCACCUAACUCGCUCUUACAUUUUAUAUUAAUGAUUUUUUAAUAUUAACAAAAUUAAUUUUUGAAUUGAAUUCAAGAUCUUUAUUUUUUUUAAAUCUUUUUAUUUUGUAAAAUUUCCAUUUCUUUUUUUUUAUCACAAAUAAUAAAUAAUAUUAUUGGAUUCAAGCGGUAAUUGAACAAAUUUAUUUAUUUCCAACAUGUUGUCAUUCAGAUGUAAAAGAAAAAAAAUCUUGGAAUAAUAAGGUCAAUCAAUCAACAAUAAUUUUCAUAAAAUUUGUACUGAUUGAAAAUCCUUAACCUGCCGAACACAUGGGAAAUUCCUCUACUAAAAAAAAUCACAUCAACGAUACAACAUUAGGCGAAAUGUCCCAGACCCCACCGAAACAGCAUCAAUUUAGGAAAACCUCUCAUCGAUUGUAGAUAGAAAAGAAUCGUUUGAUAGCCGUUUACAAAUCGUAUGGAUUCGAAGCAUAUCAAACUUUAAGCUUUCGCUAGCUUAAAUUAUCAAGGUAACGUGUGUUUGCGCGCGCGCUGAUGCUUUUUGUCAGUGAUUUUACUGAAAGCUAUUGUGAUCCCAGAACUAUUGAGGAAUGAUGUACAAAGUUUAUCAGAAACAAACUAAAUAAAUAGUACCAUCAACAACC